AUGUUCAACUUUGCUCGCAGCAGAGCUGCGGCUACGGCCCUUCGAUCAGCUGCCAAGCCCCAGCUGUCCUCCAGAUUCCCCAGCCUCGUUCAGCAACAACGAAGGAAUCUGAGCAUCCACGAGUACCUCUCGGCCGACCUCCUGCGCAAGUAUGGCAUCCAGGUCCCCAAGGGCGCCAACGCCUUUUCUGCCGCCGAGGCCGAGAAAAUUGCCAAGGAGAUUGGCAACGACGACAUGGUUAUCAAGGCCCAGGUUCUUGCCGGUGGCCGUGGAAAGGGUAGCUUUGAUAACGGCCUGAAGGGUGGUGUUCGCGUCAUCUACUCCCCGACCGAGGCCAAGAUGUUUGCCGAGCAGAUGAUCGGCCACAAGCUCAUCACAAAGCAGACUGGUGCGGCUGGCCGCCUCUGCAACUCCGUCUACAUUUGCGAGCGCAAGUUCGCCCGCAGGGAAUUCUACCUCGCCGUCUUGAUGGACCGUGGCUCCCAGGGCCCCGUCAUUGUGUCCUCGUCGCAGGGUGGUAUGGAUAUUGAGGGUGUCGCCAAGGAGAACCCCGAGGCCAUUAUCACCACCUACAUUGACAUCAACGUCGGUGUCACUGACGAGAUCGCCCGCGACAUCGCCACCAAGCUCGGCUUCAGCGAGCAGUGCAUCGAGGACGCCAAGGACACUAUCCAGAAGCUGUACAAGAUCUUCCUCGAGAAGGAUGCCACCCAGAUCGAGAUCAACCCCCUGUCCGAGACCUCGGACCACAAGGUCAUGUGCAUGGACGCCAAGUUUGGUUUCGAUGACAACGCCGACUACCGCCAGAAGGAGGUCUUUGAGUGGCGCGACACCACCCAGGAGGACGCCGAGGAGGUUCGCGCUGCCGAGUCUGGCCUCAACUUCAUCAAGCUCGACGGUGACAUUGGCUGCCUGGUCAACGGUGCCGGUCUUGCCAUGGCUACCAUGGACAUUAUCAAGCUGAACGGUGGUCAGCCCGCCAACUUCUUGGAUGUCGGUGGUGGUGCCACUCCCGCUGCCAUCAAGGAGGCUUUCGAGCUCAUCACCAGCGACCCCAAGGUCACUGCCAUCUUUGUCAACAUCUUUGGUGGUAUCGUCCGAUGUGACGCCAUUGCCCAGGGUCUCAUCAACACCGUCCAGAGCAUGAACCUCAAGAUCCCUAUCAUUGCCCGUCUGCAAGGUACCAACAUGGAGCAGGCCCACAAGCUCAUCAACGAGUCUGGCAUGAAGAUCUUCUCGAUCGACGACCUCCAGAGCGCUGCUGAGAGAUCAGUGCAGCUCUCCAAGGUUGUGAAGAUGGCGCGUGAGAUCGAUGUUGGUGUUGAGUUCAGCUUGGGUAUUUAA